AUGGAAAUCAACGAAGACAACCAAAACCAUAGCCAAAAUGGCGUACUUAAAGAAGAAGAAGAAGUUGUUGUGGUGGUGGUGCCAUUUCCAGCACAAGGCCAUCUUAAUCAGCUCCUCCAACUUUCCCGCCUCAUCUUCUCCUAUGAUAUUCCCGUUCAUUACGUAGGCACCGCCUCCCACAACCGCCAGGCCAAGCUUCGGGUCCACGGCUGGAACCCACUCACCACUGCAAACAUUCAUUUUCAUAACUUCGAAAUCCCUUCAUUUCUUUCCCCCCCUCCUGAUCCCAGCGCAACAUGUAAGUUUCCUUCUCAUAUGCAACCAUGCUUUGACUGUUCUAAACACCUCCGUCAGCCACUGUCUCAACUUUUACGCAAUCUUUCUUCCAGGGUUAGAAAAGUGAUUGUCAUUCAUGACUCCAUGAUGGGAUCUGUGAUUCAAGAAGUUCGUUUAAUCCCCAAUAUAGAAUCUUACUCUUUUCAUAGCGUAUCAGCUUUUACUGUUUACUUGUACAUAUUGGAAACGAUGGGGAAUUCUAUUGAGGCCAAUGAUGUAUUCCCAAAAGACAUCCCUUCCUUAGAAGAUUGUUUCACCAAAGAGUUCUUGGAUUCGGUUGCGUCUGAAUACGACUACCAAAAGUUCAAUUCUGGGAAUGUUUACAACUCUUGCAGAGUCUUAGAAGAUGCUUACUUGGAUUUGCUAGAUAGAGCAACAAUGGAAUCAAAAAUUAAGAAUUGGGCCUUAGGGCCAUUCAACCCUGUGAAAAUACCUAAAUUUAAAGGCUCAAAUAGCAGUCAUUUUUGCUUUGAAUGGCUUGAUAAACAAGCACCAAACUCAGUGAUUUAUGUGUCUUUUGGGACAACAACUGCCCUAAACGAUGAGCAAAUCAAGGAGCUUGCCCUUGGCUUGAAGCAAAGCAAUCAAAAGUUUAUUUGGGUAGUGAGAGAUGCUGAUAAAGGAGACGUGUUCGAUGGAGAAGUGAGAAGUGUUGAGCUCCCAAGAGGAUAUGAAGACUCAGUUAAAGAUAUGGGAUUGAUAGUGAGAGACUGGGCGCCCCAACUUGAAAUUUUAGGCCAUCCAGCAACAGGCGGAUUUUUGAGUCACUGUGGGUGGAAUUCUUGCAUGGAGAGUAUAAGCAUGGGAGUGCCAAUAGGGGCAUGGCCGAUGCAUUCUGAUCAACCCAGAAACGCAGUGCUUAUAACACAAGUACUGAAACUUGGAAUUGUUGUUAGGGACUGGGCAGAGCGGCACGAGACAGUAACAUCAGAGGUAGUCGAAAAUGUUGUGAAAAGAUUAAUGGCAUCGAAGGAGGGAGAUGAAAUGAGGAAGAGAGCUGCAGAAAUUGGUGGAAAAGUGCGAGAAUCAAUGGAUGAAGCAGGAGUUUCCCGCAUGGAGCUCGAUUCCUUCGUUGCUCACAUCACUAGCUCGUGUUCGAAAUUGCUUUAG